CCGCCGCGCUCUCCGUGAGCCCCGGGAGGGGCGUGGCCAUCAGCGGGAGGGGCGUGCCUACCGGCGAAGGGGGCGUGGCCAGCGGGAGGCCCCUCACGGUGUGGCGGGAGGCGGCGGCGCCGCCUCGGUGAGGGCGGGCCGGGCUCGGGCUCCGCUCCGGCUCCGCUCCCUGCUCCCGGCGCUGCGCGGGGAAGCGUGAGGCUCCCCUCAGGCCGCGCCUCCCCUCAGGCCGCGGCGGGACCCCGGGCCCGCGCCAGGCCGUGCCGCGCCGCGGCGCCGUGAGGGGAAGAUGGCCUCUCGGAGGAUCACCCGCGAGGCGUUCGAGGCCGUGGUGCAGGACAAAGUUAAGCGGUACCGCAUGGAGCGGAGCGGUGCCGCGGGGGACGCCGUCCAUCCGUUCAAAGCUCACUCCCGGCCGCUGCCCCGGCCCCGCUACAACGAGAGCUUCCACCACGACGGGCGCUUCCCUCACGCCAACUGCCAGAGCGAGGAGUGGAGCGGCGACCCCGGGGAGGAUUACCCCGGGGAGAACUACCCCGGGGAGGAUUACCCCGGGGAGAACUACCCCGGGGAGAACUACCCCGGCCCUUCCUACAGAGCCGCCAGCCCCCUGCUCCGCAAGGAGAAUUAUUUCCACGGACACUUCUCCCGGCCCGCGCCGCGGGAGCGGGAAUUCGCCCGGGAUUACGGGAAGUUUGGCCGCGCGGCUGCCCCCGGCCGGGAGUACGGGCAGCGGGAUUACCAGCAGGGUUACGGCCCCCCGGGUCCCUGGGGAGCCGGCGGGCCGCACGGAGCCGAGUUCGGCUCCCCGGAUGUUCUAGGGGAUUUCAGGUCGCCCGGGCUGAUGGAGGAGGAGUACGGCAGCGUGGAGGACCAGGAGUACGAGGCGGAGUUCGGGGCGCCCGACGGCGAGUUCCGGCCGCCGCUGCGCAGGGGAGGCGUGGGCAGGGGCAGAGUCCUGAGGGGGAAGCGCCUGGCCGGGGGGGUGGUGAAACCCAAGGUGUUCAAAGGAGACCUCAAAAGCCCCCUCAAGAAGUGGAGCUUGAAGAAGCCCCAGCCAGGCCUGGAUCCCAAAGCUCUGGAUCAGCCUCUGGAAGUGGCCGAGCGCCCCGGCCCCAAGCUGCCCCCGCACCCCGUGGCAGCCCAGAGACCCGUCCUGAGGCUGCCGAAGCCCGCCCACGUCUUCAGGAACCUCAACUUCGACCUGGUGGAUAAAUCUGACAUUUUCUCCACCUUCGGCAUCGAGAUCAUCAAGUGGGCCGGGUUCCACGCCAUCAAAAACGACGCCGAGUUCUCGCGGCUCUUCGGGGCGCUCUUCGAGCUGGAGACUGAGACCUGUGCCAAGAUGUUGGCCUCCUUCAAGUGCUCCCUGAGGCCAGAGCACAGAGAUUAUUGCUUUUUCACCAUCAAGAGCUUGCAGCACGCCGCCCUGAAAACCCCCAAGGUGGACAACGAGUUCUUGAACAUGCUGCUGGACAAGGGGGCCGUGAAAACCAAGAAUUGCUUCUUCGAGAUCAUCAAACCUUUUGAUAAAUACAUCAUGAGGCUCCAGGACCGCCUCCUCAAGGGGGUGACCCCGCUGCUGAUGGCCUGCAACGCCUACGAGCUGAGCGUUAAAACCAACGGCUUUGGCGACCCCAGGGAAAUGGCCAACGCCUUCGAGACCACCGUGUCCCUGUGCCGGAAAUCCCUGGCCCUGCUGGGCCAGACCUUUGCCCUGGCCUCUGUGUUCAGGCAGGAGAAAAUCCUGGAGGCCGUGGGGCUGCAGGAGAUGGCGCCGGCGCCGACGUCCUUCCCAAAUUUCGACGAUUCCACGCUCUUUGGGAGGGAGUACAUCGAGAACUUGAAGGCUUGGCUGGAGAAGAGUGGGUAUCCCAUCCAGAUGAAAAAAGGGGAGGCCGAGCCCGCGGAGCAGCUCAAAGCGGCCUCCCCCGACAGCACAGCCCCCCAACGAGCUGACAGGAAAGUUGUGGACACAAUUGAGCAGCUGGUGAGCAGCAUCGUGUCAGGAACUUUGUCUGCCAAGGACAGGAGUGCUCAGAAGAACUCUCCUGAAUACUGGUUCCUGUCCGACGAGGAGAGCCUGGAGUACAAAUACUACAGGCUGAGGCUGUCAGAGGUGCAGAGGAGGAGCCUGCCUGGGGAAGGAGCUGCCCCAGAGUCCCUGCGGGCCCUGCUCUACGCCAGGAGAGUGGCCAGCAUCAAAAAGAGACUUUUCAAGGGGAAAAAAAAACCUGCCUUUGUCCCUCCCCGUGCCAGCAGGGCCAGGAAGGUGAGGAGGGCAAGCAGGGGCACCCAGACCGUGCUGUCAGCUGGGACAGUGCUGAAGCACCCAGACCAAAAUCUUCCAGGUGCAGCCCAGGCCAAGGUUGCCCUGGCAGAGCCCGGGCUGGCCCAGGCUGGCCUGGGUGCCACCUCGGCCUCCCAAGGUGCCAGCAGCUCCCAGGUGGCCGUGCCAGCAGAGGAGGAGGCAGGUCCUGAGGGUCCAGCAGCAUCUCCUGAGCUCCUGCCAGCCCUGGGCUCUCAGUUUCCUGAUGUGGAUGCCAAAACCAUGGAAACUGCAGAGAAACUCGCCAGGUUUGUGGCUCAGGUAGGGCCAGAGAUUGAGCAGUUCAGCAUUGACAACAGUGCAGACAACCCCGACCUCUGGUUCCUCCAGGAUCCCACCAGCCCCGCCUUCAAAUUCUACCGCAUGAAAGUUUUCCAGCUGUGCCCCUCCAUCACCUUCAGCCCCGAGGCUGCAGAAGCUGCCACAGCUGCAGGGACAGCCCUGGAGAACGAGGAGGACGAGGAGGAAGAAGAGGAAGAAGAAGAAGAAGAAGAAGAAGAGGAAGAAGCUGAGUUUGAACCCUCCCAACCUCAGGGGGACGAGGAGGAGGAGGAGGAGGAGGAUGAGGAGGACGUGGCAGCAGGUAGAAGGGUGGCAAACCUAGAGGAAGAUUUGGUGUCCAGAGCAGGAGAGGAGAUGUCAGGAGGUGAAGUGCAGCUCUCCAGCCCCUCUGACGGCGCUGUCCCAAAUCUGUCGACACAGGCACCCGGCCCGGCCCCCGGCGCGCGCUUCCCCCGCAAAAGGGUCAGCUCCAAGUCCCUGAAAGUGGGCAUGAUCCCUGCCCCAAAAAGGAUCUGCCUCAUCCAGGAGCCCAAAGUGCAUGAGCCUGUCAGGAUUGCCUAUGACAGACCCCGGGGCUGCCCUGCCACAAAGAAGAAAAAGAAAGCCAAGGAUGUGGAGGAGCCCCAGAAGAGGCUGAGCCCCAGGAACGUUGGAUUCCAGAUGCUGCAGAGGAUGGGCUGGCAGGAGGGGCACGGCCUGGGCACGCGCGGCCGCGGCAUCCGCGAGCCCGUGCGCCUGGGCGCCACCUCGGCCGGCGAGGGGCUGGGGGUGGCCGGGGAGCAGAGCCACGAGGACGCUUUCGACAUCUUCCGCCAGAGGAUGAUCCAGAUGUACCGGCAGAAACGGGCGAGCAACUCCAGGCUCUCUUCCAUGAAGACCCCAGAGCCCCUCCCCUCCCUCCCGUGCUCUCUCUGCUGGAUUUUGGUCGGAUUUUCCCUGGAAUUCCAUCCCAAACUCUGGAUUUUCCCUGGAAUUCCACUCCAAAUUCCAGAUUUUCCAUCCCAAAUUUCAGAUUUUCCCUGGAAUUCCACCCCAAAUUCGGAUUUUCCGUCCUAAAUUUCAGAUUUUUCGUGGAAUUCCACCCCAAAUUCCGGAUUUUCCAUCCCAAAUUUCAGAUUUUCCCUGGAAUUCCACCCCAAAUUCCGGAUUUUCCAUCCCAAAUUUCAGAUUUUCCCUGGAAUUCCACCCCAAAUUCUGGAUUUUCCAUCCCAAAUUUCAGAUUUUCCCUGGAAUUCCACCCCAAAUUCUGGAUUUUCCAUCCCAAAUUUCAGUUUUUCCCUGGAAUUCCACCCCAAAUUUGGAUUUUCCAUCCCAAAUUUCAGAUUUUCCCUGGAAUUCCACCCCAAAUUCCGGAUUUUCUGUCCCAAAUUUCAUAUUUCCCCAGAAUUCCACCCCAAAUUCUGGAUUUUCCAUCCCAAAUUUCAGUUUUUCCCUGGAAUUCCACCCCAAAUUCCCUCCUUUCCGUGCAGCUUUCCAUCCCAAGAGAGGAAAAAUGAACAUUUUUCCCCCAUUUUGGUGUCAGUAACACUUUGGUAGAAAUGUUAAAUCCAAUAAAUGUAGAGCUGGACAAUUCCUGCUUCCUGUGAUGUUUAAUUUGAAUUUUUCCUUUUUUUUAAAUUUGGAUUUGGCCCUUUGCAGGAGAUACGCAUUCGUAUUUUUAUUUUCAUUAAAUUAAAUUUAUUUUUUUUGGUGGAAUUUGGAAUUCCUCUGGGUGCAGAGCAGGAUUUUGGGGUCAAAAUCUAUUUUUGGGAUGGGAUUCCUCACCAAAAACUGGAAUUAAUUCUUUCCCAAAAAUCAAUGUACAACUUCUUUAUUUUUUGUUUUCCCUCUUGACCUCCCACUCUACUUCCAAUUCAUAUUUUGCCCAAAUAAAGCCUGGCCUCAAAAAUCCAAAUAUUCUCCUUUUGCCUUCUUCCCUACCCUACAGCAGCUACAUUUUCUAAUUAAAACCCAAUUAAACCCCUUUUUAAUCACCUUUUUAAUCCUGCAUGCCAAGCACGGCCCCAGGGGGGGUUGAGCAAUAAAACACCUGAAAAAUCAGAAUAUGCUGAAAGCCCCACGGGGAU